AACCCCAAAACCAAAUCUCCAAAAUCCUGCAAAACUUCUCUAAAACCCUUUUGCAAACUCUCUCCCUCCCUAUCUCUCACAAAUGGCCUUGCUCCAAACCCACUCACUUCACAUAAGAACCCUACCAUCGACCUUCAAAUCACAUUCUUUCCUACCUCUUUUUUCAUCUCCUCAGUCGUCUUUCAAAACCCAUCAAGAAAGCUCUCUUUUUUCUAUCACUAGAACACCCAAGAAGAGACCUUUUUCACUCUCUACACAACAAAGAAGACUUCUCUGCAGACCCCCUCAAGGAAAGUACAUUAGAGAAGACUAUCUUGUGAAAAAGUUGUCAGCUGAGGAGAUACAGGAGCUAGUAAAGGGAGAAAGAAACGUGCCCCUUGUUAUUGAUUUCUAUGCAACAUGGUGUGGACCCUGUGUUUUGAUGGCCCAAGAACUUGAAAUGCUAGCUGUGGAAUAUGAGAGCAAUGUGAUGAUUGUUAAGGUUGAUACAGAUGAUGAAUAUGAAUUUGCACAAGACAUGCAGGUUCGAGGUUUGCCGACCUUGUUUUUCAUUAGUCCAGAUCCGAACAAGGACGCGAUACGGACUGAAGGGCUCAUCCCAUUACAGAUGAUGCGGGAUAUCAUUAACAAUGAAAUGUGAAGAAGAGAGGCACUGAAUAGUCACAGAAACCCGUGAUUUUUGUUGUUGGUGUUAGUUCACCUUAUCCAGAUCAACUGCUUGUUACUUAUGCUGUAUGUAAUUUAUUUUAUAUUUGUUGUUUGAUUUUGUAGAGAUCUUUUUGCGCUAAAUGAGAUUCCCUGGAUAGCGAGGAUGUAUUUUUUUAAUAUAUGUGCAAGUUUUUCGCUUUGCUGCA